AUGCUGACUAUCUACAUCGUCCAGGGCCUCCAGAUACUCGCAAACGCACAAUAUCCAGAUGGCGAUAGACGCCGACCAUCCGAAGCUCGAGCAGGUAAUGGCGGGUUUCCCCCAGGUCGCGACUUUGGCGACCCAUUACGGCGCGAGCCCCCUCGCGGCCCUAAAGCCUUGAUUGAUGCGCCUAGUGGGCCACGUGGUGGAGGAUUCGGCGGCGAAUUCAGAGGAGGCCGAGGUCGAGGGCGUGGUCGCGGAUGGUCUUCAAGAGACGAUAGUCGAGACCGGGGUCGUGACAGGGAAAUGGACUUUCGUGAUCGUUAUCGGGAGGAUCGAAGCCGCGAACGUGAUCGCGACAGGGACUGGCGCGAAAAUCGAGACUUCCGUUCACGUCGUUCUCCUAUCGGCCGCGCAAGAUCCCCUACACGAGACUUUCGAGACAGGGACCGCGAUGGGCCUCUGGGCGUAGACGCAGAUAGGUCUCGGCGCGGCUCUCGAGACGGGGGCCCUCCUUCUGCGGGAUCUUCAUCAUCUGACCCCCAGUUCAACAUGGGACCCUACCCUCGAGGCGGGGGGUUUCAUCGAGGACGUGGGCGAGGAAGGGGAGACUGGUCCUCAGAACGAGGUCGUGGAAGAGGUCCUUAUAUGGACGAUAGGGGAGAUCGCUAUCCACGCAGUCGGUCUCAAGAGGGUCGCUGGGGUAGGGAUCGUGAUGACAGAGACCGGAUGGAUCGAAUGGAUCGUUAUGCUGACCCAGAUACCCGACGUGAUAUCCGAGACGAACGCGGUGACCCCCGGGAUCGCGAACUGUUCCGAAACAAGCUGGAAGCUCGCGCCAACGCUGGCCAUGAUUCAGGACUUUCUAGUAAGGAGGUAUCACCGCCUCCUGUUGCGCCGCACGCUCCAACUUUUGCAUCUUCAGCUAGCCGGGGACUGAGUGUGGGAGAGGGAUAUGUUCCUGCCAGUGCUGCUGCUAAAAUCCCACCAACCGCGCCCAGAGCUUUCGGUGAUCGGCCUCCGUCUGCUGGACACGAUCCAAAUAUGCCCCCAAUGGGCAUGGGUAAGACAAUGAUGCAUGACGGUCCUUCCAUUCCAGUCGGCCCUCGAGCUCAACAACCUCCUCCGCCCCGGCCUUCCAGCAAACAAUGGAUCAACCCCAAUCUUAAAAAGGCACCUGAUUCGCCAAAGAUGAUGAGAUCGUCGAGCUUUGUACAACAGCGACCGGCUUUGCGACGUGGUAGCUCCCAGUACGAUCAUUAUAAUGAGGAUGAUAGACGACCGCGUAGUAGCGAUGCAAAGUCUGAGACUCACUAUGAUAAUCGGGCUCGAUCGAAUUACAGUGCAGAGCCAGGAGAGAUUACUGUGAAAUCAGAGAGGGAAUCUCAAUCCGCCAGAGCAUCAAUCGACAGAGAUACACGACCUAUUAAUGCUUCUAGGCGAGACUCUUAUCGCUCUGGCCCAUCACCUACUAUGGAGAGCAUGCCCAGAUUCAGCCAAGUAUCCGAUGAACGCAUUAGAGAAAUGAGGGAACCACCGAGAGAACCCCCCAAAGAAGCUCCUAAGCGGAAGCGUGUUCGACCAAAUCUAAAGGUGGUAAGAUUCGAAGUGCCUCCUAAACCAGCGGUUGUGGAACAGAACUCAGAAUCCGACGAUGACGACGACAUGGCCGACUAUUUUGAUAUGGAGAUCGGGAAAACGGAAGCUGAAUUGAGUAAGCUUGAGAAGCCGAAACUGCCAACUCAAGUAAUGGCUCGAUUUGCAGCUUUAUCCCAUGGGUCCAUGGUCAAGAUUGUUGGGGAAGGGGAAGGACUGCUCAAGAUGGUCGAAGAGCUUCCCGAGGCAGCGAACAGGCCUAUAAUCGAGAAGAUUGAUAAGCCCACGCCCGCCGAAAACGAGAAGCCGGACGUGGAAAUGACAGAUGCCCCUGAGAACGCCAACCAGGUCGAGGAUGGGCAACCAAUGCAGGAAGCCUCCACAGAGCUUGAGCCCGACCAGUCGAUUCAUGUCAGAAGAUCGGAGGAGCCUACGGAAGAACCGACCCGCAAAACAUUGUCCGAUGCCACUGAGGAAACAACCGAACAGGCUAGCGAACAGCCAGACGAAAAGGCAGUCGAGAAACCUACGGAGAAACCUACCGAGAAGCCCAAGGAGAAACCUACCGAGAAGCCCAAGGAGAAACCUACCGAGAAGCCCAAGGAGAAACCUGAAGAGAAACCCGAGGAGAAGCUCGUCGAGGAGCCAGCCGAGAAGCCAGCCGAGGAGCCACUUGAGAAGCCAGUUGAGAAGCAAGUCGAUGAUUCCGAAGAGCGUUCUGGCGAAAACCCAGAUCCAAAGCCAGACUAUCCAUCUAAUGGUCCGGUUGCGAAGUCCAAUGAUAACCCCGUCGAAAAGUCAGACGGAAAGCCCAUCGAGAAGCCCAUCGAGAAGUCUACUGAGACGAUUGCCGAAAGUCCUGCUGAACAAACUGUCGUGGAUCAUGCCCAACAACAACCUCUUGAACAGAGUAUCGUCCAAGAACCUGUCUCUUCAGGGCCUGAACCAAAAACUGAAGAAAUGGACAUCGAUGAACCUCCCAUUACCGCUGAGCCGGAGACUCCCGUACCCAUGACAGAUAGAACAGUCAAAGACCCCGUUCCUACAACACUCGAAACUACCGCCAAAGAACUUCCUCUUGAGCCUGCCAACACAAGCGACACAGCUUUGCAGACAACAAACGGAUCCGGACCAGAGAAAUCUACAGAAGACAAGCCGAGUGAGAUGCCUGUGGAUGCUCAUGACGAAACAUCUUUACAGGUCCGGACCGAAAAGCCAAGCGGGACUUCUUCAGGUGCCGACCUAGGAAAGCGCAAUGAAUCAGCUGUGGGGACUCAAAUCGAGAGUUCUGCAGAAUCUCGAAUUGAACCUUCCGCGGAGAAUACUGAAACCAUUGUAGGCAGGCACAUUCCGAGCGAAGACACACCCGUUGCCGUCAUUGCGCCCAAUGUUGUUUUACAAACAACCGAGACAGCCUCGAAGCCGCCCAGCACACCAUCGCAGGUCGAUGACGACGAAACCGAGUCUGAAGAUGACUCGUUCAUGAACCUAGAUACUGUUCGGCAAUACAUGACUACGCCGCCCAUCGAUAGUCUUCCCGAUUUUGGUUGCAAACGUUGGGACAAGGACAAGGAUUUUCUGCACACCAUUGAACCAGACUCGAUUCUGGACGACUUUGUUCUCCAGCACUUGGACCAAAUGCAUCUAGAAAAGUCUGCGGAACAGGACCAUGACAAGAAGAUCUACUCGGGCAACUACCAUCGCUACUUGGACUUUACCUUAUCAAACGACCCUGCCGCUGUAAAGAGCCGUGGAAAGUUCUCGGUCUCAACGGGCAUUGAAAUCACUGGCACAGUGACCCCUGAGCCAAAACACGAAGGAAGCGGUCGCGGGCGUCGUUUCGCAACUGAACGAGAUCUGGAACGAGUUUUGCAAGCAUCCAUGCGAGAGGACGAAGAGCGUAGAGAGCGUGAGCUCAGAAUGCAGCAAGAAAAGUACCGCACAGACAAGGAAGCUGUUAUCCCAGACAUGAUCUGGACUCAGGAAGAGAAGGACAAUACCAACUAUAUUGACAAGAGUGGAUACACACCUGUCGAUCGACUGGUAUCAGCAUGGCGUGUUUUGCCUCCGGUCAAUAACUUCACCGAGGAAGAAGCGAAUCUGUUCGAGAAAAGAUACUUGGAAGCACCCAAGCAAUGGGGCAGAGUUGCAGAGGCAAUUCCCCAUCGCGAUUUCGGUGCUUGCAUCCAGUAUUACUACAUGAACAAGAAGAACCUCAACCUGAAAGAGAAACUCAAGAAGCAGCCUAAGAGGCGCAGAAAGGGCAAGGCAAAGCAGCGGUCCAGCGCAUUGGUGUCAGAGCUGGGCAACGGCGAUGGCGAAACGGAGGAAAACCACGACACAGGAGAGAAUGGCGAAAGGAGACGACCACGACGAGCGGCUGCGCCUACUUGGAAUUUCGAACAGCCUCCAAUCGACACGGAAGCAUCAACACCCAAUGCUACGCCUGGCAGACGCGGAGGGUCUGCAAAGGUUGAUCAUCCCGAGAAGGUGGACGGAAGAAAGAGACGGAGAGGCCCGAAGGAGAAGGAGCCUAAAGCACCAAAGGCGAACCAGACGUUGGCUGCAGCGCCAGGGCCAGCGAAGGGACGCUCGAGGUCCAACUCAAGAGUACCCAAUACAGAUGGCUCCUCCACUCCGCUGCCGCUUGCCGAGGGUCAUCGUCUACCAACUCAGUUCGAGCAGCACCCAGCCGGGAUCCAGCCUCCUUUUACCGUACAGCAACAACCUAUUCAAACUCUCGAACGUCCUCAACCAGCUGCGCCCUCAUCCAUCUCCGAGGUCAUGGCAGCACCUUCGCUUCGACCCGACCCCCCACCUCAGCCUGCAAUGGCCACUUUCAACUUGACUCAUUCCUCAUCAUCAUCAGAGCGUAAAGCACCGACCCAAGCAUCCAGUUAUUGGAGUGUGUCUGAAUCUAAUGACUUCCCACAACUCCUGUGCUCGUUCGGCUCGGACUGGACAGCUAUUGCAGCCCAUAUGGGUUCUAAAACCGCUGUCAUGGUUAAGAAUUACUUUGUUCGUCAAAAGGACCAGGGCAAAGCCGAAUGGGAGGGACUCGUUCGAGAAGCUGAGAGAAAGAAGCUGUCCGGUGAGAAGCUUCCUGAGCCUCCUCAACCAUCCACAGGAGGGCGAGGAAGGCGAUACGACAGCUCAGCAGCUGCUUCUCGACCUCUAGCUGUUGCUCCUGGGAUUGAAAUGCACAACGAAGCGCCACAGCCUAAGAUGGAACCCGCUGCUCAACCUCCCCGCAAUCAACCAUUCUCGGGCUUUGGAGGAGUUCCUAUUGCUCAGGCUCCUGUUCAACAGCAACCACUUGUCCAAUCGCAACAGCCUAUGGCCAUGAGCCAACACCCUGCAGCUCAGCCUGUUGCUCAAGCAAUGUCUCCUGGUCCAAGGCCCUUGCAAGCCCCUGUUCAGCAGUUUAGACUAGGAGAACGCGAACCCGCAGCACGCGUUCCACUUCCGCAGAAGGCCUCCUCCAGACCUCCUGUCACCGAGCCACGAGAGCAGCGGCCUCUGGCUGCCGCACAACCACUGCAGCCUUCUCGAAACGAGGCUGCCAUGAGGAACGAGGCUGCCAUGAGGAAUGAUGCUGCCAUGAGGAAUGAUGCUGCCAUGAGAAAUGAGGCUGCCAUGAGAAACGAGGCUGUCAUGAUGGAACAUAAUGCCCAGGUGGAACGUCAGAAGAUGGAGAUGCAGAUGCGAGAACAAGAACAGCGCGAACUAGCUCGCCAGUCGGAACGACAAACUCUACGCGUCAAGCAGGAGCGCGAGAUGACACCACAGCCUCAUCACUACGAGCCGUUUGGGCAUCACCGUCAACAAGGAAGUCUUGGCGGCCAACCACUGUCAAGACCGCCACAAGAAUCCGGACGUCCUUCUUCCUAUGGCCAACCUGUACAGCAGCAGCAGGCUCCCGUACAGCCAGUGCGCAAUUUGAUGGGUGAACAACCGCAGGUGCGAUCGCCUCAAAUGGGCACACCUACCAGCCGUCCCGUAUCUUCUCUUCAGCAACGACCAUCGUCGGGCUCCAUGCACGAACCAUUCGGCUCAGUAACACCUCAGUCUGGCACCCCGGUCCAAACUCCAGCAGCAGCACCGCCUCGCCCACCAGAGCCUCGUAAGGGAGGUCUUAACAUCAUGUCGCUGCUCAAUGACGAUGAUCCUCCUCCCCCACCCAAGCGAGUAAGCGAUGUAACAAGCACCCCUACGCGGCCGUCGCCCACUCCUCCACCUCAAACUAGCAUGAGCGGCCGUCCACUUCCCGGGCCAGCACCACCAUCGCAAAUUCGACGUGGAGAGCCAGAAUCAUACUCACCCUUUGCUCGAGGUACGCCGGCAAUGCCACCUCUCAAGCCAACCUAUGCAGAUUCUCCUCAGCCUUCACAUAUGGGCAGCUCGAGAGCAUCAAUCGGAGUAUCGCACGAAGCCGCCGCAGAAAGGGACUAUUACAGACAGAACCCAUAUCAGUCUGCUAACCACAGCCGGACGAAUUCACCGCAAAGUGGCCAUCGCUAUCCUCCCUCAGGCCCUCCUCAGUAUCAGAAUCAGGGUUAUCCAACAUCAUAUGCCUCCACAGGCCAACCGGCGCAUGCUGGAUCGCCAGGUGGACAGUAUGGUCACCAUCCAUCCUCUUCUCGCUCGCGAGAAGUUCCCCAGAGUGGUCGUGAAGCUUCAUGGCCGCCACCAGCACCUCAUCAAGCUCCUCCCAGCAUGCAACAGCCCGCUGGUUGGCCCUCGCAACCACCCCCAAACACAUCGCAACCACCACCUCAGCAACAGCAGCAGUCAUGGCCUACGCAACACCCUGCGUCCAAGCCUCAAACGCCGGCACCUUCCUGGGCCCCAUCGCAACCACCCUCCCAGCCACCACCUCAGCAAGCUCACCAUAUGCCUAUGAGAGAUGAUGGGCGAAGUCCUUACUACGCAGGUGGAGCUAGCAUGCCACCGCAGCAACAUCAAAUGCAGGGUCGAUAUCCGCCUCCAGGUUCGCGUGGCCCAGAACCCGUGCCCCCACCUACACAAGCAUAUCCCCGAUAUGCCUCCACCCCUGGUCCCGGGCAACCUCGAGAUCCUAGAGAGAUGCCUGCUCGCAGCUUCACUCCCAUGGGCUAUGAUGGACGUGGGCCGCCCCCACCAGGAGCUUCUGUAUAUGGCCAUGACCCACGCGAUCCUCCGCCAAGGGACCCAAGGGACAUGAUGAGAGGUGCACCGAGACCAGAUAUGUACGCCAUAAUCAAUCCGCAGAGUUUUGAGCAUGUCCUGGCCAACAUCAACAAACUAAACAGAUCCCUCGAGGCAGUCACCGCGGUCGGCAACGAAUUUUCUUCGGUCGAGGCGCUUUGGUCGCAGUUUGAGAACGUCAUGGGCAAAGAUGAAAAGGCUGAGGGCGAGACAGGACAGGCUGAUCAGACCGAGCGACCUGAUGAAACUAUGGAGGGAGAUACGACGGUGAAGCAUGAGGGCGCUUGA